UAUUGUAGUAUGCCUGGAUAUAGGAGAGCACGAGUUUAUGCAAUGUCUGAUGAGGAGGAAGCGCCUCCUGCUCAACAAGUUAGGCUAGGCAAUGGUGGGCCACCUGAAGUCCAUCAAAAUGGGUUCUUAGCUAAUGGCGAAGGAUCGCCAGAAAUCCAUCGGAAUGGGGUUAUGAAUAAUGGAAAUGGAAGAGUUGAAGCUCGGGUUAGAUCAGUAACACCCGAAGAGUUACCUGUAGAGGAGGAGAAAGAGCCUAGCGAGGAAAGUGAACAAGAAGAGGAUCCAUCGGAAGAUCCUUCUGAAGACUCUGACGUUGAGGUAUUUAGGAGCGGGCAGUUUUGGUCCGAGACUCAUAGGUACCGUGAUCAUAGGGAAGUAGCGGUUUUAUGGGCGAAUCAGGCGGAGGCAAGUCUGAAUAGCCUCAGAGCGAUGUUGAACACCUAUUCUAGGGGUGUGCUCUCUAUAGAAACUUACACUAAUGAGUUUCUUCGCAUGAUGCAAGCGGUUCCGCAAACUGGUAGGGAUAAUGAGGAAGUGAACCGUCGCUAUGUUAGAGGCUUGGGACCGGACUUUGCUGAGUUGUUUGAUUUCACAGAUGAACAUAUGGGAUCAUUAGCUAGUAGGGCCGCGGAGAUAGUAAGUGAUCGUGAAUGGAAUGACAAUCCUGUCCAGCCUUUUUAUUUCCCUCGUGAGAGGCCAGUGUCUCCGGUCCAUAGAGAUGAAGCUUCCGGAUCGGUAGCUAGGGGAGUUAACGCUCCAAGGCGAGCUAGAGGACCUAGGAUGAGGGUAGCGCGUCGAGGACGUAGGGCACCUGGUCAAGCCGCACCAGAUUCUACGCUUUAUCGGAUUGGAGAAUUAGAGGAAUUGGAGUUAAGCAACGGGCUAUAUUAUAUUUUGCAUUUGGAAAAUUUGGAUUAAGCGAUCGAGGCGUUCAGUAGAUAGCGAUCAGGUCGAGCCUCCACUCCUUGUUUCGGAAGGCUCCUUACUUUUUGCGUGUACAGCUUCUGACUCUCUAGCGCUGCAGUAGUUCAGGCGUAUACUUUUGUCGAGGUCCUAUUAGCGGUUUAUUGUAUUUUGGUUUAGUAACCGCUCAUGUCUAUAUCUUUUUGUUAGGCCUCGUUUUCUGAUUAACAAACAAACAUCAGAGGUAGCUUUAGUUUAAACGCUUA